AUGUCUCAAUUCAGAUCAAAAAAGCUCGACAUUGGCGGUUUCAUCAACGGCCGUAUCAUUCGCGACCACACCAAGCGCAAGGUCUUCGAACAAUAUGAACCCGACCGACAAGCCCUCCGUUACAUCAUCCGCAACACUUCGCUGCCCCAGCGUGUCCGCGCCCAGGCUCAAUUGCAGCUCUCCCAGAUGCACGCCUACACCCGCUCCACACAGAUCAAGAACCGAUGCGUAGCAGGAGGUGUGGCAAGGAGUGUUUUCCGGGACUUCAGGAUCGCAAGAUUCCAAUUCCGUAUGCAGGCUCUCGCCGGUGAAUUGCCGGGAGUUCGGAAGGCGAGUUGGUAG